AUGCCUCAACAAAAAACACGUAAUCAUGCGACCGUAGCAUGUACAAAUUGUCGAAGAAAACACCAAAAAUGCAAUGUACUUUUUGAACAAAAUAAAUGUACAAAUUGUAAUGAUCGAAAUUUGCCUUGUAUUCUUAUGCCAGGUAAUAAGCGUGGACCAAAGUCCGCUGCUGAAGUGUUCAUUGCCAAUUCUCCUUCUCCUAAUUCAUUUUCUGCUAGUAAUUCUUUCUCAUAUCCUUAUAACCAUAUUACUGUUACUAAUGCUAGCAAUUAUGAGACUAUUGAAACUUUUCAAAAUACUCAACUUUUAUCAAAUUUUUCUAAUGAACCAAUAAUGCCAAACAAUGAACCAAAUAUAUCUUCCUUUUUAACUAAUAAUUUAAACGGUUCCUUCUAUCACGUAACUCCGCAUCCACAUAUUAACCCAUAUAAUGAAGCCACUGAAACAUCUCAAAACUGCGU